AGGACAAAACCGUCAAACAAAGAUACUUCCAAUUCCUCAAUCAAAUAAAUACACCAACUCGAAGUUCAUACUCCUCAUCCCUGCGGCGCCGCUCAAACCCAACCAAACUCUAGCAGAUCCACAGCUCUACCCCAAAUGACCACCCGCUUCAAGAAGAACCGCAAGAAGCGUGGCCACGUGAGCGCGGGCCAUGGCCGUAUCGGCAAACACAGGAAGCAUCCCGGUGGUCGCGGUAAUGCCGGAGGCAUGCACCACCACAGGAUCCUUUUCGACAAGUACCAUCCUGGGUAUUUUGGGAAAGUUGGUAUGCGUUACUUCCAUAAGCUACGCAACAAGUUCUACUGCCCCAUCGUGAACAUCGACAAGCUCUGGUCAAUGAUUCCUCAGGAGGCGAAGGACAAGUCUUCUAAGGAUAAUGUGCCCUUGGUAGAUGUUACCCAGUUUGGAUAUUUUAAAGUUCUAGGAAAAGGGGCUUUGCCUGAGAAUCAGCCGAUAGUGGUGAAGGCUAAGCUAGUUUCGAAGAUUGCUGAGAAGAAGAUCAAGGAGGCUGGUGGAGCUGUCGUCCUUACUGCCUAGGUUAGGCUUUUGCAAUUUUUUUGAUAUAAUGAUGUUUUGGAAUUGUGUGAGAGGUUACUUUUGUUAUUAUGUCUGGAGAUUUAGAGAUUAACAAUGGGAUGACUUAAUAGCCUUUAUGAUUUUAAUUUUUCUUCGAUGAUAUAUCUAUUUGGAUUUUGC